AUGGCUUUUCUGCUGGGAGUUUCAGGGUGUCUGACCCUGAGAAGGAGAAAAUAUAGAAGGUGGGGAUUCUUGCUGUUCCUGGCCGCCGUGUCGGUGGGCGUGGGCGUUGCCGCGCCGACGGGGAUCCUGUACCGGGUCCCCGAGGAGCAGCCUCCCGGCACGCUGAUCGGCAGCCUGGCGUCGGACCAGGGCCUCCCCGACACGGGGCACCUGUACAAGCUGGAGGUGGGCUCGCCCUACCUGAGGGUGGACGGUAAGACGGGCGACAUCUACACCACCGACAUCUCCCUCGACCGCGAGACGCUCAAGGAGUGCCGCAACCUCUUCGAAGACGAGCAGUGCCUCAUGGAGUUCGAGGUGUCCAUCACCGACAUGGUCAAAGGCAUCGGCAUGGGCCCCAGGCUCAUCGAGGGCCUCAUCGAGGUCCUGGACAUCAACGACAACACGCCCCAGUUCUCCUCGCCCAUCCUCAGCCUGUCCAUCCCGGAGAACACGCACAUCGGCGCCCUGUUCUCCAUCCCCAUGGCGAGCGACCGGGACUCCGGCGCCAACGGCGUGGCGGAGUACUCGCUGACCACCGGGCCGGACGCCGACAUGCUCUUCAGCCUGCAGGUGGCCGUGGACUCGGACGAGAAGCUGCCCCAGCUGGUGGUGAUGGGCAACCUGGACCGCGAGAAGAAGGACUCCUACGACAUGAACAUCCGCGUGGUGGACGGCGGGAACCCGCCCCGGGCCAGCAGCGCCCUGCUCAGGGUCACCGUCACCGACCAGAACGACAACGCGCCCAAGUUCGAGAGGAGCCUGUACGAGGCCGAGCUGCUGGAGAACAGCCCGCUGGGCCACUCCGUGCUGCAGCCGAACGACGUCAUCCAGAGGCUGCUGCGCAUCGACCGCUCCACCGGCAUCAUCUACGUCAAAGGCCUGGUGGACAGAGAGGAGAAAAGCUCCAUCAAGUUCUCCGUGGUGGCCAGAGAUCGGGGCCCAAACUCGAAGAGCUCCAAGGCCAGCGUCAUCAUAAAGGUCAAGGACCAGAACGACAACGCGCCGGCCAUCGAGAUCCGCGGCAUCGGCUUGCUAACCCACCAGGACGGCGUGGCCAACAUCUCCGAGGACAUGCUGAUCGGAAAGCCGGUGGCCCUGGUCCAGGUGUCCGACCAGGACGAGGGUGAAAACGCGGUGGUGACCUGCGUGGUGGCGGGAGACGUCCCGUUCCAGCUCCAGCCAGCCAGAGAGUCGGCCAACGACCACAAGAGAAAGUACUUCCUUCAGACCACCACCCUGCUGGAUUACGAGCACGUCAAGGAUUACAGGAUCGAAAUAGUCGCCGUGGAUUCGGGGAACCCCGCUCUGUCCAGCUCCAACUACCUCAAGGUCCAGGUCACGGACAUAAACGACAACACCCCGAUCUUCUCCCCCUCCUCCUUCGAGGUGGACUUCCCCGAAGGCAACCAGCCUGGCGACAAAGUCCUGGACGUGGUGGCGGCGGACGCGGACAGCGGCACCAACGCGGAGCUGGUCUACAGCAUAACCGACCCGCUGGCCGCCGGCCUCUUCGAGAUCGACGGCAACACCGGCGAGGUGCGCGUGAAGAAGCAGCUGGACCGCGAGGAGAUGGAGCGAUACCAGUUCUGCGUGGCGGCGGCGGACAAAGGCGUCCCGAGCAAAACCGGCACGGCCACGGUGACCGUCAACGUGCUGGACCGCAACGACAACGCCCCCAAGUUCACCCUGGGCGGCUACAGCUUCUCCGUCAUCGAGAACAAGGCGCCGCUCAACCCCGUCGGCGUGGUGACCGUCACCGACGCCGACAAGGGGGAGAACUCCCAGGUGAGGCUGUUCGUGGAGCCGGACAACGGCAAGUUCAUCAUCCAGAACGGCACGGGAACCAUCCUGUCCAGCAUCUCCUUCGACCGCGAGAAGGAGAGCACCUACACCUUCCGGCUGAAGGCGGUGGACUCCGGGAUCCCGCCUCUCUCCUCCUACGUGGGGGUCACCAUCAACGUCCUGGACGAGAACGACAACGCCCCCUACGUCACCAGGCCGGCCAACUCCUCCUACAAGUACCUGGAGUCCGUCAACCCCCCGGAGACGCUGGUGGAGGUGGUGGAGGCCGAGGACAUUGACGCCGGGCUCAACGCCGAGCUCUGCUUCUCCAUCAUCGGUGGCAAUCCUCACGGCCUGUUCCAGAUCUCGCCCAACGGUGGGGACAUCACACUGGCCAAACCGUUUAACGGCAAAUACAACGGGCUGCACCGGCUGGUGGUGAAGGUCAGCGAUAAAGGCAAGCCUCCGCGACACACCACCGCCCUGGUCCACGUCUUUGUGAACGACACCAAAUCCAACGUCUCCCUCAUCGAGGCCCUGGUGGGACACAGUCUGUACACGCCUCUGGACAGAGACAUAGCGGGAGACCCGAACUACGCCCUGGGCCCGCCCAGCAACAUCAUCUACGCCAUCGUGGCCGGCUGCGCCAUCGUGAUCCUGGCCAUCGUGCUGGUGGUGGUCAUCCGGCACCGGCUCCAGAAGGACAACAAGAGCGGCUACCAGGCCGGCAAGAAGGAGAGCAAGGACCUGUACGCGCCCAAGCAGGGCCUCAAGAACGGCAAGGGCAAAAAGAGCAAGAAGGGCAAGGCCCCGAAACCGGCCAAGCCUCUGGAGGAGGACGAGGAGGCCGGCCUCCAGACGGGCCACAAGUUCAACCUGAUCAACGACGUCACCGACAGCCCCAGGAUCCACCUGCCCCUGAACUACCCGCCCGGCAGCCCCGACCUGGGCCGCCACUACCGGUCCAACUCCCCCCUGCCGUCCAUCCAGCUGCAGCCCCAGUCGCCCUCCGCCUCCAAGAAGCACCAGGCCGUCCAGGACCUGCCGGCCACCAACACCUUCGUGGGGACGGGAGACAACAACUCCACGGGCUCCGACCAAUUUUCGGAUUACAGCUACAAGGCCAAUCCGCCCAAGUACAGCAACAAACAGGUAGGAGACUACGCAAACACGGCGACGUACCACCACACCGACAUCCGCUGGACCCGAGGGAUGUGGUAG